CACAGAGGCUGCUAUUCCAGUGCUUUGAAAAACAUUUGUUCGAGUAAUGAGUGAUGCUCUUCAGCAGCUCAGUCCGAUCUUCACACACCCUCAGCCUUCUCUGCUGCUGUGGGAACAGGAAGCAGGUGAAGAAGAGCACCAGAGAGGAAAUCUGUAAAGAAAGUCUUUGAAAGAAAAAGAAAUUCUUUCCAGUGUCUCUGAAAGUGUUUCUUUGAGAGGUGAAGCAUGGCUCUUUGUCUGAUUUGUGGACGUUUUACACUUCGACUCUCAACCUUCAUUAAUGCUGUCCUCUCUCUAACUCUUCUCGUCUGCAGAGGUUAUUCUCAGGAAGCUCCAACAAAGCAAAUAGUGGCUCUGCUUGGCGAUGAUGUUGUUUUACCCUGUUCUCUGGAACGUCCUGUGGAUGUUUCAGACUUGCAGCUGGAGUGGGCGAGAACAGACCUGAUACCAGGAUUUAUCUACGUGUGGGAGAAAAAUAAAGAAAAUGUGGGGAUGAAACAGCCGUCGUACGUGGGAAGAACCUCACUGUCCUCUGAUAAACUGAAGCAUGGAGACGUCUCACUCACUCUCUCUAAAGUACAGCUGUCUGAUGAAGGACUGUACAGAUGUUUCAUUCCACAACUGGGUCAAAGGUCAUAUGUUCAUCUCAUUGUUGGGUCAGCAUCUACACCCAUCAUAAAGGUGAUGUCAAAUGACAGCAGCAGGGUGGUGUUACAGUGUGAGUCUGCAGGCUGGUAUCCAGAGCCUGAGCUGCUGUGGUUGGACGGUGAGGGAAACCUCCUCUCUGCUGGACCUACAGAGACCCUCAGAGGUCCUGAUGACCUCUAUACUGUCAGCAGCAGAGUGACUGUGGAGAAGAGACACAGCAACAACAUCACCUGCAGAGUCCAACAGAGGAACACCAACCAGAGCAGAGAGACACACAUACAUGUUCCAGGAAAAUCUCAUCUGGUGUGUCCAUCUCAGGUUGUAGCCAUGAUGGGUGAUGAUGUUGUUCUUCCAUGUCAGCUUAAACUUGCUGUUGAUACUAACGCUGAGACUGUGAACUGGACCAAACCUGGUCUGGACCCAAAUGUUGUCCACCUUCAUAAAGAUGGACGGCUGGUGUUUGAGAACCAACAUCCAUCUUAUCACUUUCGUACUCGAGUCUUUGAGGAUGAACUGAUCAAAGGGAACGUCUCCCUUAAAAUAUUCAAAGUGAAACUCUCUGAUGAAGGAACGUACAGAUGCUCCAUUCCCUGGAUACGUGAAGAAGCUUCCAUUGUUCUCACUGUUGGGUCAGCAUCUACACCCGUCAUAAAGGUGAUGUCAGUUGUCAGCAGCAGGGUGGUGUUACAGUGUGAGUCUGCAGGCUGGUAUCCAGAGCCUGAGCUGCUGUGGUUGGACGGUGAGGGAAACCUCCUCUCUGCUGGACCUACAGAGACCCUCAGAGGUCCUGAUGACCUCUAUACUGUCAGCAGCAGAGUGACUGUGGAGAAGAGACACAGCAACAACAUCACCUGCAGAGUCCAACAGAGGAACACCAACCAGAGCAGAGAGACACACAAACAUGUUCCAGGCUCUGCUGUCAGGAAGGAACCAUCGGCCACUUUCAUCAUCGUGAUCGUUUGCCUGCUGUGGAUUUGUACAGUCGUCACUGUCAUCCGGAAUUUCAUACCAUCAAAAAAACCUGACCCCAAAGAGACUGAAACUGAGAAGAAAACAACAAAACAAAAACGCACCAGAGCUCCUGCUGACAACACCGAGACCAUAGCAAUUAAAGCAGAGCCGCCAUCAGAACAGCUGGAAGACAACACAUCUGCUGCUGAGGAGAUCAAAGAAGGCGAGAAGGAAAAGAAACAGAAGAAACAGAAGAAACAGAAGUACAGAAUAAGUGGUUCAAACAAAAAAGCUAAAACCUGAAACAGAGACUUACUUGUUGAAAACAGAGACUUUAGAUCUCAUGUUGUGUCCAAUGUUUCGAGGCGCUGACGCCAUAACGUCAUGACGUGAGACACAGAGGACAUCAAACAUGUUUGACACUCUGUUUCUGUGCUCAUUGUCACUUCAUCAUCACAUCAUGAAAAACAUCAGACUUGUGAUGUGUUCAGGAGUUUUCGUCUAUGAGGUGAUUGCAGUGACUUCAAAGAAAAAACUAAAAACCCUACAGCUUGUUUCACAGCACUUCCAGACUCACACACUGUAUCGUGUAGUAAGGGCUUUACCCACUAGAGGGAGCCACAGAUGUAACUGUUGGGAUAAAGCAGAGUGUACGUCAGCCUGUGGAUCACUUUUAAAGAGGAAGUUCAGAAAUGUAAAAUGAGUCAUGUGACCUUCUUUAUGUGUUUGCUUCUUCUUUGAGUCUCUCAGCUACCUCCACGUUAGAUGGAUGUUAGGAAGUUAAUGAUUGCUAAGACCCAACAGACAGACAUGCUUUCAGCUUUUUUAAUGUGUUAUUUUCCUCGUGUGUCAUUGCCUUCUGCUUACAUCCAUGUUUAUAGGCCAUCCAGUUUCAUGUUGUGCUUUGUGCUUCACAACUGAUGAAGUUCAGAAUCACAUUUAUUUAAGUUUGUGCACAACCGAGUGUCACAGCUUAUAACCGGGGUGUGAGGGGUCGGCAGCGAGCUUCCACUUGUGAAAAACGUUUCUCGCUGUAGAAAAAUGGACUUCAGAUUGUUUGGAAGUGACCUUAUAACUUUUCUCUGAGUGAAGAGGAACAGCCUGGACUAGAUUAGAUGUAGUGUCUUUGAAAAGUGUACAACACAAUGAAAUGAAGUUUAGCAUCUAAUCCAAAGUGUAAACUACGUGUGUAGAUAUAUCUGUAUAUACAAUAUACACACACACCAAUUACAAGAUGUACAGUAUUUGCAUGAAUGUAUAAUAUUAUAAUAUGUGGUGUGUGUAUAUGAUGUGUAUUUGUACAGGGCUUUUGUUUUGCAGUUUUACUUUUAGUUUAGCACAAUGUUCAACUGGAAAUGAAUGUGACUACAGCGAGGGCGAUCAGAGUGUGACGCACGCUGGGUCACUCUCACAGGUAACAGACUCACAGUGUAAGACAGAGACGGCGAUCACUGGAUUUAAUGGAUUUAAUGGAUUUAUUAUCAGCUUAGAAUGAAAUCUGCCGUCUUUCUAACUCUGUGACACAUAACACACUGAGCAGUAAGUGUGUCAUCUGUGAGAUUUGUGACCUGCAGCAGUCUCUGUUAGUAACGCUUCACAGUUUGUGUACUCUGAAGCCAGAUUGUGCAGUUAAGACAAGUAAAAACUUGUUUCAUUCACAAUCUGAUGCCAGCUUACCGGAGCAUCCAGUUUGACCACAGCAGAGCCCAAAGACAAUGACGCGUUGCCUUUCUGCUGGUUUUUAUCUCUGCUGAGCUCCAGCAGACUCUCAUAACGACUAUAUAACGACUGAUUUACUGUAAAACUCAGGACAACAGGAGUUACAGUCUGCAACACUGUGUUGUUACACUGAGUCUUUAUCUGCGUGAAGAAGUGAGGGAUGUCUCUUCAGGAGAUCUUCUGGAGACCCUCAGCUGUCACUGCUGUUUUGGUGCUUCUAACACUUCUCUUCUGCAGAGGGUCAGCAUCUACACCCGUCAUAAAGGUGAUGUCAAAUGACAGCAGCAGGGUGGUGUUACAGUGUGAGUCUGCAGGCUGGUAUCCAGAGCCUGAGCUGCUGUGGUUGGACGGUGAGGGAAAGCUCCUCUCUGCUGGACCUACAGAGACCCUCAGAGGUCCUGAUGACCUCUAUACUGUCAGCAGCAGAGUGACUGUGGAGAAGAGACACAGCAACAACAUCACCUGCAGAGUCCAACAGAGGAACACCAACCAGAGCAGAGAGACACACAUACAUGUUCCAGGCUCUGCUGUCACAAAACAACCAUCGGCCACUUUCAUCAUCGUGAUCGUUUGCCUGCUGUACGUUGGUGCAGUUAUCGCUAUCGUUUGGAAUUUCAUACUAUCAAAAAAACCUGACACCAAGGUGAAUGAAACUGAGCUGAAAACACUGAAACAAAAACGCAGCAGAGCUCCUGCUGACGACACAGAGACCAAAGAAAUAAAAGAAGAGCCGCCAUCAGAACAGCUGGAAGACGGCACAUCUGCUGUUGACAUGAGUGAGGUGAUCAAAGAGGGCGAGGAAAACCAGGAAACAGAGACUCAGAGUACGGCACAGCCAUCCUUCACCAGCAGUGAAAACUAAAGAACAAGAAGCUCUCUGAGAGCACAGUCUGUCUGUGCAGUGCUUACUUUUAAGUAAGAAUAGUUUUGUAUUUUUAUAUAACAUUACACUGGAGUAGGAUAAUAAGUAUUUGUAAAUAAAUGGACAUUAAUGACUUGAAGCUAUUAUGUAAUAUUACACUGCAGUAUAUUUAUAACUAACAUUUAUUUAUGACUAACUCAUUCCUUCUCCUGACAAUACUUAAAAGAUUUAACACAUUUUGGGGUCAAUGUGAAAGAAAGACAGACGUGAAAUGUAAAAGUGAGGUCAGAGGUCAAAUGUGACAUCAGAUUUUAAAUGUACUUUCUACAUGUUCAGAAUACACAGAAUCAUAAGUUUUAAGGCUUUUCUUUUGUUUGUUUUCCAUCAGUAAACCAUCAAACAUGACCCCACUCUGAAUCCCUGAAAAGUUUUAUCAGAAUUCAUUCAAACCUUUCCAGCUCUGGUGUUUACAGAUGCACUGACCCACAGAGACGAUCAGAGGAUGGUAGAAAAGUCCAAACUCAUGAUGUUUUUAACUGCGUUUCACUUUCAGAAGAUACUGUUUUUGUUUUGGAUUAUCGGCUGACAAUUCAUUUCACUUUUCUUUAUGCAGCACCAAAUCACAUCAGCAGUUAACUUCCAGUUAGGUUAACACAUUACAUUGUGUGUUCCCACUAGAGGGAGCUACGUAGCAAUCUGUUGCUAUGACACCAGGAUAAAGCAAGCGGUGUUUACAGCACAGCAACGAGCCAGGAGAUAAAAAGAUGUUCAGAAAUAUAAAAUGUGGAACUUCCUGUUGAUGUGACCUUCCUCUUGUGCAUUUGGUUUUGUGGUUCUUCUUUGGGCGUCGAAUGUAUCUCUGUCAAAGCUAAUGGAUGGUUACAGGGUCAUGAUUGUUGAUUUGUUGAUGCCAUCACAAUCAGAUGUUUCCAAAGACACCAGUGUGUGUUUUUAAAUGAGUCAGUGUGGGUCCUGUUUAAAGCCACAUUUAUGGGCCAUCCAGGCACUAUGUGUUUGUUUUUGUGUUGUGCAGGAGUCUGUUGUUUCCGUUGAUUUUGUAAAUGAUUUCUGUUUUUGUAAAUAAAGUUUCUAAGUUACUCCCUUA